AUGUCUGCCGCGCUUGCUACCGGUAAGCAUUUUAUUCCGACGACGGCCUCACUCGGUAUGAUGGACUUGCAAGCUGGAUCCCGUCCCCUCGGUCUCCAUCGGUAGCUCGCCGAUGAUCGAGAGGGCCUGUAACGAGCGUGCUCAGAUUCGAUAUUUGGGCUGCUGCCAUCUUGGGUCUUGUCAAAGCACCCUUCGCUGCCGUCCAAUGUCGACAGCACAUCUUUGCGUCGCGCUGGGGACGAGCUGAGAUGACGUCGUUCGGCGGCGAAGCCAUCUCCGACCCUACCGCCCCACCGAGUCCAGGACGCACAACCCGCGUUCACUAGGGCUGUUUGUCACGAUACACAAUCUGAGUAUGAGGCUGAUGUAGUGACGUUCUUGCUUCCGGACGCCUCUGCCUCUGUUCUCACUGGCGCUCGACCCACCCCACAUCCCGCCUCGCCGCUUCGGUCCGGUCCCUACCUACGUGCAGAUUACCCCGCCUGGGCGACUCUGCAGUCGUUGUACGACAAGCACCACACCUCCCUCUUCCUCAAGGACUUGUUCGCCGCCGAUCCCGAGCGCUUCAGCAAGCUCUCGCAGGCGUACGACAACUCGGCCAAGGACGUGCACAUCUUGCUCGACUACUCCAAGAACUUGGUCGACGACAACGUUCUCGAUGCGCUCUUCCAGCUCGUCAAGCAGGCCAAGGUCGAACAGGCUCGCGACGACAUGUUCAAGGGCAAGCACAUCAACACCUCCGAGGACCGCGCCGUGCUCCACGUCGCUCUGCGCAACGUCGGCUCCGAGUUCAAGAUCCCCGAGGCCGGCGCCGACGAGGUCCAGGGCGUGCUUGACCACAUGACCGAAUUCUCCAACAAGAUUCGCUCGGGCGAGUGGAAGGGAUACACGGGCAAGCCGAUCGAUGCCAUCGUCAACAUCGGCAUUGGUGGAUCCGAUCUUGGCCCGAUGAUGGUCUGCGAGGCGCUCAAGCCUUACGGAUCCAAGAACCUCAAAAUGCACUUUGUCUCGAACGUCGACGGCACCCACAUCGCCGAGGUUACGUCCGAGUGCAACGCCGAAACGACGCUCUUCAUUGUCGCGUCCAAGACGUUCACGACCCAGGAGACCAUUACCAACGCCGAGUCCGCGCGAGAGUGGUUCCUCAAGUCCGCGGGUGACAAGUCCCACAUCGCCAAGCACUUUGUUGCGCUCUCGACCAACACCUCGGCCGUCACCUCGUUCGGCAUCGAUUCGGCCAACAUGUUCAAGUUCUGGGACUGGGUUGGUGGUCGCUACUCGCUCUGGUCCGCGAUCGGUCUCUCGAUCAUGCUCUACGUUGGGCCCGAGAACUUCAAGGACCUCUUGCUCGGUGCGCACGAAAUGGACAAGCACUUCCUCGAGACGCCCGUCGAGCAGAACUUGCCCGUCAUCCUCGCCGUGCUCGGUAUCUGGUACAAUGACUUUUUCGGCGCCCAGACCCACGCUCUCCUCCCCUACGACCAGUACAUGCACAAGUUUGCCGACUACUUCCAGCAAGGUGACAUGGAAUCGAACGGAAAGGUCAGUUCUCGCGUGCUUUGUAGAUUAGUGGUAUCCGUUCAGCUGCUGACUAGGGGGAUAGUACGACGCUCCCACAGUUCGUCACCAAGGAUGGUCGUCGAGUGACGUACCAGACCGGACCCAUUAUUUGGGGCCAGAGUGGAACGAACGGUCAACACGCCUUCUACCAACUGAUCCACCAGGGCACAAAACUGAUCCCGGCCGACUUCCUCGCGCCGAUCGAGACCCAAAACCCGAUCCGCAACGGCCUCCACCACGAGAUCCUGUUGUCCAACUUCUUCGCCCAACCCGAGGCGCUCGCGUUCGGCAAGGACGAGGCGACCGUCGCCAAGGAGUUGGGUGCGCAGGCCAGCAACGAGGCGCUGCUCAAGUCCAAGGUGUUUGAAGGCAACCGACCGACCAACUCGAUCAUGUUCCAAAAAUUGACCCCCAAGACACUGGGUGCGUCUCUCGUACUGAAGCCCUGCGCAAUUUCCUCGUCGCUGAUGUUGUAUUGUGACCUUUUCUGUGCAGGCUCCUUGAUCGUCAUGUACGAGCACAAAAUCUUCACGCAAGGUUGCAUUUGGGGCAUCAACUCGUUCGGUAAGUCCCAAGUCACUCGCAUCUCCAGCGAAGAGGACUUUGUGCUGACCGCCUGAUCCUUAUUCGCUUCGUGCAGACCAAAUGGGUGUCGAGCUCGGCAAAGUCUUGGCCAAGGCGAUCCUCAGUCAAAUGGACGACCCGAACAAGGUCACCGGUCACGACUCGUCGACGACGGGUUUGAUCAAGCACUACCAGUCCAAACGGGCGACCAAGUCGACGUGA